CGAUAAACCCCGCACAUCCUGACUGCAACUCUGAACAGCGAAGCACCCAUGGCCCUCGCCACCACAGCCGUCUCCCUCCACCUUUUCCUCACCCGGCCCGCCUCCGUGCUCCGCGUAGGCCGCGGCCUCCCAUGCCUCCUCCUCCGAGCCACUUCGUCCACCUCCGCCUCCCCGGACUUCAACAUCACCUUCGCGGAGCCCGCGCCGUCCAAAAAGGCCCCGUCCGCGCAGCCGCUGGUCCCGUGGAUCGUCCGCGGGGAGGACGGCAAGCCCCGCCUCAGCACCUCCCCGCCGCCGGACGUAAUCCAGGCCAUCGCGCUCGCGGAGGCGGAGGCCAAGAAGGCCGCCAAGAAGGAAACCCUCAAGGGCCAGAAUGGCGCAGUUGCCGCCGCCGCCGCGGCUGCUUCCAAUGCCAGCGUCAAGGGCAAGGAAAGGAAGCCCGCCCCGACCGUGCCGCCCAAGUUCUCCAAGGCAGCCAGGAGGUUUUACAAUGAGAAUAUCAAGGAGCGGGAGCCGCAACGGCUCGCCAAGGUCCUUGCCGCCGCAGGAGUGGCAUCAAGAAGGACCAGUGAGGAGCUCAUCUUCCAAGGGAAGGUGACUGUCAAUGGUUCAGUCUGUACUUCUCCUCAGACCAAAGUUGACAUCUCAAAGGAUUCUAUCUACGUUAACGGGAACCGCAUUUCCAAGAAGUUGCCUCCAAAGCUGUAUUUUGCUGUUAACAAGCCAAAGGGGUACAUUUGCUCAUGUGGUGAAGAGUCAAAAUCUGUUGUCUCCUUAUUUAAUGAUUAUUUGAAGGGCUGGAACAAGAUUCAACCAGGGUUGCCAAAACCACGCUUGUUUACUGUGGGUCGUCUUGAUGUUGCCACGGCUGGUCUGAUAAUAGUCACAAAUGAUGGUGAGUUUGCUCAAAAGCUUGCACAUCCUUCUUCAAAUGUAACAAAAGAAUAUGUGGUGACUAUUGAUGGUGCCGUGCACAAAAAACAUCUCAUAGCUAUCAGUGAAGGCACAAAAAUUGAUGGGGUCAUGUGCAUUCCUGAUUUAGUAGAACCAUUGGCUGCCCAAUCAGAUACAAGAAAGACCCGCCUAAGGAUAGUGGUUCAUGAAGGACGGAAUCAUGAAGUUCGUGAACUUGUACAGAAUGCAGGGCUACAGGUUUAUGCAUUGAAACGUGUUCGGAUAGGCAGGUUCAGGCUUCCAGCAGAUCUGGGAAUUGGGAAGUUUGUUGAGCUCAAACAGGCUGAUAUCAAGGCACUAGAUGGCAACAACUAGAGAUGACAUCUGAUGUGGCUAAUAAGCGCAUCUUGUCCAAAGAUGGUAGUAAUCCUCAAAGUCACAAUACAUGAGCUGCUACUCAACUCAGAAAGCUUGUGAAUGUUCUGGAUGUCCAUUGGUGGUGGUGGCUGAUGAUCAAGUGUGGCAAACAUGUUUUGCCUUGAAGAACUUGUGAACUACUCCAUACUUCGCCUGCGCUGCGAAUCUCCACAUCAUAUCAAACGGCAGAACCAAGUCCGCGAUGCAGCAGUCGUUUGGUGAGGAUGGAACAUUGUCAAAUAGCGAUCUUCUGUUGGCAUAUACAUUUUACUCUCUAUUCUAAAUUAUAAUUUUUUUAGAUGCAUUGUUUUUACUAAAUUAAAAUAUCUUAUAGUUUAGAAUGCAUCUUGUCCAACAGGUAGUCAAUAAUGGCAGACGAGUUAUAUUUGGCCAAAUUACAUUGUACUCCGUGUACCGAGAACUGUUUUUUUAAGAAUCCUUUAUUGACCA